AUGGAACAACACACCCUCCGCCGUCGUGGGUUGGGCCUGCGCGGCACCGACCCCAAAGUCUCCCCAGGCUACAUCCUCUACACACCCCUAACAUCCCGCACCGCGCACCUCAUCUCGACAACCGGAGAAGAAGUCCACAAAUGGACGCUUCCCUACCGCGCAGGCCGACAUUCCAGACUCCUUCCGGACGGUAACCUCGCCUACAACGGGGCGCAUCCCGACGCCCCAAACCUCUUCCCCAUGUGGGCGAAAUACCGCGGCGGCGCAAUGAUCCAAGUAUCGCCGUCUGGUGAAAUCCUGCGAGAAUACCGCGAUCCAAAAGCCCAUCAUGAUCAACACCAUCUGCCAGAUGGGAAGCUCCUCUACACCACCUUGGAAGCUUUGACGCCUGAAGAGGCGGCGAGAGUACAGGGAGGGAUUACGGGCAGUGAAGCGCCCGGUGGAAUUGUCUACGGCGAUUGCAUCAAGCUAGUGGAGCCGUGGUCGAGCUCGAAUCGAUCCUCCUCGGAGGACUUCGAGGGCGAUGGAAAAGGAGGCGCAAAGCUGCUUUGGUCUUGGCGCGCGAUCGAUCAUCUUGACCCCGAGCUGUUCCGUAUGCAUCAGGACUAUCCGCGCGAGCAUUGGCCGUUGAUCAAUAGUGUUUCAUUUGACUCGGAUGGGAAUAUCAUUGCCUCGAUGCGAAACACGUCUUCGGUGGUUGUUAUCAGCCGCGAGACUGGUGAAGUGCUCUGGCAUCUGACCCAGCCGGUGGUGAACCAGCAGCAUUGUGCGCAUGAGCUUCCGUCGGGUGACCUCUUGAUUUUUGAUAAUGGGGUCUUUCGACCGGGGAUCUCGGUGCCGUUUACUCGGGCUAUUGUGGUGGCGCGGAAGACGAAGGAGAUCGUUUGGGAAUACAAGGAUCCGAGUACCGGCGGUAUUGGGCUGUUCACACCAUUCAUGGGCUCUGCGCAGAAACUGCGGAAUGGUAAUGUGGUGCUCUGUGAGGCGGCGACUGGAAGGAUUCUUGAGGUUACUGAGGCUGGAGAGUUGGUGUGGGAGUUUGUGGUACCGCAGUUGAGUGAUUACACCGCUGUUCUUGGGGAGCGUGAGCUGGAGGAGAUGAGCAAGAUGGGUUUUGCGUAUGAGAGCAAUGCUAUAUUUAGAGCGUACAAGUAUCUACCCGAGGAGGUGCCGUGGCUGAAGGGGGAAUGA